CUCGUGAUACAGGCACAGCAGCCGCCUGCCUGCCUGCAUUGCUGCCGCCGACGAACACGAGUUGCGGUUGUGGUUACGUUCUGUACGGCUAACCGCGGAAACCGACGGACGGCGAUAAGCGACGAGUUGUGAAUAUCCUUAUCAGAUUAUGUCAUUUAUAUCAAAACAGUUAUAAUAAUAAUAUUAAUAUUAAAAUAUACUACGAAAAGUACAAAAAGUACAUAAAAAAAAGUAGAUUUGUAGAUGCAGUGCCGUGGUGGUUGUGAAUACUCCGAUUACUGAUUGAUCUCUCUCGCGGAACGUCGACAUUUCCAAUUUAAAUAGUUGAUAGACCAUAGAAAAAAUAUGGAGGCUGACAAAAUUUCAAUUUUAGAAAAAUUGGUUUCUGCUUUAGAACUAAAAGUAUACGGUACAAACAAAGAUAUACCAACUUCUCUGCCAAAUGGUAACCUUCUUGAAGAAGUUAAACAAGUUGAUAAUAACAUUGGUAAUGCGUGUAUUGGUCACCCAUAUGCUACUGCAUUACUCAGUCAUGUAAAACUUUUGGACAAGUUGAUGGAUCCUUUUUAUGAAGACUAUCAAACUGAAUUAUCUAAAAGAGAAGUUAUACUUUCUGCUGAAUCUGAAAUAGUUAAAUAUGCUCAACAACUUCAACAGCUUAAUGAAAAAUGGCCUGCUCUAAAUGAUAAGUAUUACAGUGAAAUAGACAAACAUACUGAAGAAAUUGAAAAAUUGGUUGAGAAUGAACAAAAACAACAUGAAUUAAUUAAAGAACAAACCGAGCAUAUAAAUACAUUAUUAUUCAGGUACGAACAGGUUAUGUUAAAAUUUUCAGUGGCGUUCGAUACAUUAGAGAAAGAAAUUACAGUAUUAGAGUAUAAAACUUCAAAAAAACCAGAAGAAGAUAAUGAGGAUGAUAAAUAAUUCAAAUACUAAUAUAUAUUGUUUACAUUAAAAUUAUGAUUAUUUAUCACCAGUAACAUAUUUGUAUAUAUUAUAACUUGUUAAUAAUAAACCUAAAGCAUUCUUAAAAUAAAUAAAAAUAAUGUAUUAAAAUA